AUGUCAAUGGUGAUGACGCCGGGUAAACUCCAGCCGUUCAAUUCUUCGGCUUCAGCGAAUCGAUCUGAUACCCUAUGCCUGACUAUCGACCUGCUGUCGCUCUUCACACUUGUUCGGCCCCGAACCCACUUCCCGUUCCACAGCCCCAUACCAGGCAUCUCAUCACAAAGCACGGGUAUCGAAUCAAUCAAAAACCGGCAUGUUCAGGUCAAGGAGCCCAAGCGUUCCCCAGAGACGCACGGCACUGCUACCUCGCUCGUUCGGGUUCGAUGGGGCGACUUGGCUCCCGUCUUGGGCUCUAGCUUCUACAAACACUGGACAGAUCAGCGCCAAAGAGCCAUGACUCGCCCUUUCCCUUCUUAUCGCUUCGGUGUUGCGUUUCUUGAACCCCCGACAAAGCCCAAAGGUGGCCUAGGAGCUGAGGUGAUUUUGGUGGACGCCUCCGAUAAGGGAGAGUGCUUCUCGCUGACGUACGGAACGAAUCUUAUGGCAUCCGUACAAAUACCGUACUGGUCGAUUGCCGUAUGCCGCCUCGAGUUCCCGUUGAUUGCGCGAAAGUCCCGGAAGUCGAACUUUGCGAAAAGCCAGUGCGCCGUUGACCACUCCAGCGCUGCACUGUCGCACCUACUCAAUCUGCGCGCCACCAUCACCAUUAUUCCAGCUCGGUUGCUUGGCACGCGGAACUUUGGGUCGCUCUUGACCUUCUCCCAUCUCAAACCGCCCGGGCGCAACAUUCCCCAGGACGGCCAUCGCAUGCCAGACGGUGCCCACAUCCAAGACACCAUGUCAUUCUCGCAAUUUGGGGCCGCGACCCUCCCUAAGGGUUUCCGCUGCCAUGACGCAAACUCCACUGAUCCAAAAACACCGGAACCCUUUCUAGAAGACAACAUCACUCCGCAACCGCCCCCCGCUCCUCGCCGCCCUCGCUUCAAGCUGAAAAGGCGCGUGGCCUCCUCCCAGCUCAAUGCUCCAACGCAGCAGUUUCUUGCAUCUGUCGCGGCCGCCGACGUACCCAUACCGAGUAUUGAAGAGCUCCAGGUUCUACCCAACGAGUCGAUGGCCGCGGCAGCUUCGCCCAUCAUCCAUAACCUGGAUGAUGCCAACAGUUUUCUCAGCCCAGCGAUCCGUCCCGAAGAGAUUUUAUCGUUGCCCAAAACCCCGGUUCCCGAGACCCUGGUCCCCGACUCCGUUCCGAAUCUGGCGCCAAAAGGGUAUCCCGAUUGGACUCUCGAAUCUCUUUCCACCAGUGACGAUGAUAGCUCGGAAUGCGAGUCGAGUCGCCCCUCGACUGCGAGAUCUACGCAAACAUGCGCUUCGAUAUUCAGCAGCUAUUCGGUCCUUUCAGAUGACCUCAAAUGCCCCGACACGGAUCUAACUCCGUUCCCCGCACUACCAUCUACGUCCACCGAGCCGCCUAAGGAGAACAUCGACUCCAGUAAAGCUCAGCCUCGUCGCAAGCGCAGAAAGGCUGUCUGGACCCGACCCAUGAGUGAGCACUUGUGGUCGACCUAUCUCCUCUACCUCCAAGAUCCGCGCGUCACGCCCGUCGUAACCGGCAGGAGUUGCAUCCCGCCACAGGGUGUUUGUUUGCGAGUGGCCCGGGAAGCCAAGAGGAGCUGGAGAGGCCCCAAACCCCAGGUGGCUAAGCGCGGGACUGUCGAUGACCACAAGAGUGGCGGCAGUACACCCAAAGCAGCAGAUCAAUCUGGCACCUUCUUACAAUGGCCGCAUACUUGCGCCGCCACACGCGCGCACCUGAGAGAGCUAUGCAAACUCAGGGCUCCGGGCGGGAAGCAGUACAUUACACGCAGUCCGGCGCCUUUUGGCAGAGCGGCCUCGCGAUUCCGGAAACGACGCUCGACUCCUGCGCCCGCUGCACCUCCUGGACUUCCCGGUGCUGAUUUCUCUGCCAGAGACAUGGCUGUAUCUCUCACCAUGAGCACGUCCGACUCGAUGCAACCUUACGGGCCACUGGCCCAAAUUACCAGCUCCACCCCCGAGCCUAUCGAGGCACCCUCCCAUCCUGUACAGAACAGACGUCUUCCGGCGCUAGAUAUGUCUUCAGCAGGACGUCAGCGCCUGGCGUCUCCCUUUAUGGCCCAAAGCUACGGCCCGAGUUCGACCGGGGCAAGUGACGCGGCCUGGGAAGUCACCCCUCACAGACAACACCAAACUCACGGCCACGACCGCAGCUUGCAGUCGCCCCCCAGGCUGCUGCGAAGCCGGUCCAAUACGCAGAAGCGGAGGUCUCGUCAGUCGUCGGUCGAGCCACGGCGGACGAAACGACCUAGUUUGGGCUCAGAUCUAUGGACGCAGCCCAUGAACAUCACUCCGGCGACGAAGAGGGUGGAACAGGCGGACCAAAGCUCCAGCUGGCACAACAGGACGUUCAAUUCCGCCCAUAAUACCCAGGGCGAUGAGCUUCUCUUGCCGCGCACGAACUUGGCCGAGCUCUUUGCCACUCCUUUGUCGAGAACCGAGUCUCGAAGCGCGGCAGGCCCUCUAGCAGCGUCGUUUGCGCUUCCGAAAGAGGCCCCGCCACGACUUGGCUCUCCUUUUUCUUCUUCAAAAUGCAGUCUAUCAUUUCCCAACCGGUCUACGAGGGCGGAAACCCUGUGUCACGUUGACACAGCCGCGACUUCCAGGUCCUUUGCUACAAUCCAGCGACCCGGCGAGGGCGUCCCGGCUACUCCGACCCGCAGCCUGACCGGCCGACUGGCAUACAUCGACGAGCGGCUACGGGAGCUUAAAGAUCGACAUAUCACUCGCCUGAGGAGUAGGAGGCUUUUGUUUUCCCACUUCGAGUCGCUGCUGUCCGUCUUGGGCAACGCUACCACAGAGAAGAUAGGCCAUGAGUUUUAUGAAGGGGUGGGAAAUGGGGGGAAUAAUAACCAAGAACACUUGGGUCACUUGUGCAAACACUCUUCCGCGACAAAGGAAGACGUGCAUCGAAUUGUCCUGAAAGAUGUCCCCAAAUGA